UCCACCUUCCUCGCGCCCGUUCCGACGACGGCCUCCUAUAAAAUAACCGGCCCCUUCCUCCGAAGCUCCGCUCCCAGCCCCUCAUUUUUUUCUCUGCGCAUUUCACCUCUGCCCGACCCAACGCACACCCAUUCCUCAAACGGUCAGGCCAAUCGCGCGCCGCGAUAACGAGAAGCUAGCUAAAUCAGGAGGGAGAGUCGCCGGCGAGCAGCAAUGCCUUACUGCGAGGUGGACAGGUACCAGAACGGCGAAAAGUGGGAGGGCGUUCGGCUCUUCUACCGCCGCUACGGCCACGGCGCCACCAAGGUGCUCCUCAUCAUCGGAUUGGCGGGGACGCACGACUCGUGGGGCCCGCAGAUAAAGGGGCUGACCGGGUCGCUGGAGCCGGCCGACGACGAGGCCCCGCUGCCGAACGAGGAGGCCGGCGGCGACGGACUCGAGGUCUGCUGCUUCGACAACCGCGGCGUAGGCCGCAGCUCCGUGCCGCCGCACAAAUCCUACUACUCGACGGCAAUCAUGGCCAGGGACGCGUUGGCCUUGAUGGAUCAUUUGGGAUGGAAGAAAGCCCACGUCUUUGGCCACUCCAUGGGCGCGAUGAUUUCUUGCAAGCUAGCAGCGAUGGCGCCUCACAGGUUGAGCUCACUGGCAUUGCUUAAUGUCACCGGAGGCGGUUUUCAGUGCUUCCCAAAGGUAGACGGGCAGAUGCUGUCUCUUGCAUACCGUUUCUUAAGGGCAAAGACUCCAGAGCAAAGAGCUCUCGUGGACCUGGAAACCCAUUAUACAAAGGAAUACCUUGAGGAGAGUGUUGGGUCGUGCACAAGGAGAAUGAUCCUCUAUCAAGAAUAUGUUAAGGGCAUAUCAUCGUCAGGGAUGCAAUCUAACUGUGGUUUUGAAGGGCAAGUUAAUGCAUGCUGGACUCACAAAAUGACUACUAAAGAAUUAGAUAUGAUACGUUCUGCUGGCUUUCUAAUUUCAGUCAUUCACGGAAGGUAUGAUAUUAUUGCACAAUUGUGUCAUGCAAGGCGUCUUGGGGAAAGGCUUCUUCCUGCUGCUAGAAUGGUAGAACUUCAUGGUGCACAUCUUGUGAGCCAUGAACGACCAGACGAGGUGAACAAUGCACUUAUGGAUUUGAUAAAGGCCACCAAAUCAGCGAUGAAACCUGAAGAGUGGUCGUCCCAGCCAGAGAAUGCAUCAGAGACCGGAGCACUUAUUUCUGCGAGACCUAUUACGGUCAUGAUGCGAACAGAUGAAGGUGCAAUUGCCGCCGUAGCCGUAUAUAACUUGCUUAGCAAGCUGCAACUAAGCUUUCUUUAUCUCAUAGGGGUGAUAGUGAUGGGGUUUGAGCACAUGAGGAACAUUGUAAGAGUAAUGAAGCCAGUAAGGGUUGCAGCAAUUGAGUCAUAAG